AAAAUAUCCAGAGAGGCUGGCUGGCUCGUCCAAACGAGCCCGAAUGAGACGGAGAGUUCCAGAGACGAAGAGUUGAAAAGCAAGCAGCGGACUCGGAGCAACGCUCUUGUCGGUGGUCUCCGUCGAAGACAUCAUCCACCACCGCCGUCGUCAAAAAAAAAAAAAAAAACUGAAAAAUUAGCUCCUCCCUAGGGUUUCGAUAUUGCCCUUUUCUUCCCUAACCAGUUCCAUGGAAAUGCCCGGGAGGAGAUCCAGCUACUCCCUCCUCAGCCAAUUUCCGGACGACCCGCCGCCCCCCAAAUUCGAGUCGCCGCCGUCCGACAAGAGCCGCGGCCGAUCCCCCUUCGAUUGGCCAUUACCAUCGGACUCCAUCGUUGCCGGCGACCACCGCGCUGUGAGGAUCGGGCCGUCGGCGUUUCCUUCGGUGGGGCUACAAAGGCAAUCCAGCGGAAGCAGCUACGGGGAGAGCUCGCUGUCAGGGGAUUAUUACCUCCCCACUACGCUCUCAUCGAUCACGGCCACCAUCGACGAGGAUGCCUUCAAUCGGAUCGCGACCGCUGGAGAGGCACGGGCGAAGGAGGGGGCGGAGGUGACCGGGUCGUCAUCAUCAUCCAAAAGCUGGGCGCAGCAGGCCGAGGAGACGUACCAGCUCCAGCUCGCUCUGGCUCUUCGGCUCUGCUCGGAGUCAGCCUGCGCCAGCUAUCCGAAUUUCUUGGAUGCUGGUGAUCAGAUGGUCCCAGCAGAGCGUGCCUCGGCGGAGUCCAUGUCCCAUCGUUUCUGGAAUUAACUUCCUAAAGGAAGUUCUUUGGACAAAGGAGAAGUUAGUCAUGCAAGGAACUGCCAACGAUCACCAAGAGAGUUACCAAGACAAGAAGCAAUCAUCCAAGGGAAGUUAAUGCUGGAAAUAUCUUCCUCUUUCGUGUUAAAAGAUAAAUUGAAGAUUUCAUUUGGAUUCUCUCAAAUUCUUACACAAGACUAUGACAGAUCUACUAGUGUCCAUAUUGAAUAAGCUUUGUCAACUUCUUAUCUUAGAACUAGGAUUCUUCUUUUGAGUGAAGGUGCAACCUAGUCUAGAGUGCAUCUUGAUAGUGGUGUAUUAAAGAUGCUUGUAAUCAGAAUGAAUGAAGGACAAGUGUUCUCCCUCUUUAUAAUCUAAUUUCCCUUUUUGGUUCC